UGAUUUCAUUUGUUGUUAUUAUUGAGUAAGCGUUUGAAUGCAUGUACAACGAUUCACUUGUAACUUGUCUUUUAUUGAAGGGGCUCUCGCAAACCAGGUCACGAGCCAAACUAAUGAUAUUUCUUCUGCGAAGAUCCUGGCCCAGCAGAAAACUAUAAGCGAGAACAGCGACCUUUAUUUGACCUGCAGCGCGUUUGGGAAAAAGAAACAGAUCUCGGUUACUGUUUAUUUAUGUAAGGGCGACCUUUGGAUCGACAAAAAGCUACAGAAGCAAGAUCAAAAUGAUACCACCUUCACCAUACAGAGAGUGGGUCUUCAUCACAGUGGGAACUACAGCUGUGUCUACUCCACAAGGGGAGAUUUGCCUACCAAAGUAACCAAGAAAAGAGAGCCCAUUGAGAUUGUGGUUAUAUCCAAUUUUCUCCCUGCAGAUAUUUCAGUAGCUGCGCCGUCCGAUGUCCACGAGGGAGACGAUGUUGCGUUCAGGUGUAUCGUUUCUGGCCCCCUGCAAACACUCGGUGAAUGUCAGCUCAUACACUCUUACCUGAUGAGAAAUCAGACCAUCCUCCAAGUGCAAGCAUUUAAUGUCCCCGGGAUGGAGGCGAAUUUCACCAUCGAAGGUGCCGUGGUGAGGGAUUCGGGCCAUUACAGCUGUGUGGUGCUGCCAUCAAAAUGCAUCCAAGAGGGCGAGAAAACACUGUAUGGAAAUAACACAGUAUUAGUCGAGGUCAAAGAAAGUUUGAUCUUUAGGUUGAUUGCAUCUUUUGGAGUGAUAGCCCUGAUGAUAUUACUGGGACUGUGUCUGUGGUGGAUCAACAAACAAGGAGGCUACUUUGCUUCCAACUCAUGUGUAGCGGACCAGCAGGCGGACAUGACGGAGGAACGGCAGGUGCAGAGAGAGGGAGAGGAUCUGGACGCACAAUUUGACUCUUUCAGCAUGGAGCAGGACGAAGAGUAUCAGAACCUAGGAGAUGAGGACUUCACGUACUCUGCUGAUCAUGAAGGAGUGUACAGUGUUGCAGAGGAUCCACCUGCAGGACCGGUGUAUGCCAUGUCAUCCAGAGCUCUCCCCUGAUUGAACUGGAACACCAGCCUGUGAUGCCCCCCUUUGGUUCAGUCACAUUUGAAAUUAAUGUUAAUCUUUAAAUUGGAUGAAGGAACUUGUUUUUUGAAAGUACAGUGCCUCAUAAACAUCUAAAUGUGAAAUUAUUUUCUAAUUGAUAAUCAAUAAAGCAGGAGUAGAAUACAAAUAAAUUAAAUAAGUGUAAACUUCUUCCCACCCCUUUUCGGAUGUGUAAUUAAGUAGA